AUGAGGCCCAUCGCAGUAUCUCUGGUUUCAGUGAGGAACGGCUACUCGUGCGUCCCCGUGGCUCUGUCGGACGGUUUGGACAUAAAGCUGAACACAGCCGUGCGGACCGUGCGGUACAGCACGAGCGGCGUCGAGGUGUACGCAGGCCCGGCCCGCGCGGGCCAAGGCACCAACACCACCGUCUACAAGUGCGCGGCGGUCCUCGUGACGCUGCCCCUCGGUGUGCUCAAAGCCUCGACGCCACCCUCGGCCGUCACCUUCAACCCCCCCCUGCCCGACUGGAAGUCCCAGGCCAUACACCGGCUCGGCUUUGGCAACCUCAACAAGGUGGUGCUCUGCUUCGAGAAGAUUUUCUGGGAUCCAACGGCAAACCUCUUCGGUCACGUCGGCAGCACAACGGCCUCCCGCGGUGAGCUCUUCCUCUUCUGGAAUCUGUACAAAGCCCCGGUGCUGCUCGCCCUCGUCGCCGGUGAGGCUGCCUGCGUCAUGGAAAACGUCAGCGACGAUGUUAUCGUUGGCCGCUGCAUCGCCGUCCUCAAGGGCAUUUUCGGGAACCAGGUGGUGCCCCAGCCAAGGGAGAGCGUAGUGACGAGGUGGCGGGCCGAUCCUUGGUCACGGGGCUCCUACAGCUUCGUGUCGGUCGGCAGUUCCGGCAGCGAUUACGAUCUGCUCGCGGCGCCCGUCGCCCCGCCCGCCACCGCCCCUCCAUCGGCCGGCCAACAGACUGGAGCCCCCGCCCCGAGCCAGCCCCGUGUCUUCUUCGCAGGUCCACUUAGAGCACUCUCGCGUCUUUUUUUCCCACUUAUACAAAUCAUCUCAUACACAAUUUCCGGGCUAUUAUCAAGAAUUAUGGGCGAUGUUGAGCAGGUUGGAGAAGGUGUUGUUGCAAAAUUCACAACAGGUAUUGUUGCUAGAUCUAUAACAGGUGUUGAGGGAGCAGCGGACGAUGUUGAGCAGGUUAGGAUAGGGGAUGUUGUGGAUAUCUUUACAGUUAGAAUCGAUACAUCGAUGACAGCACCUAUUGAUGAUGCAACUGCUAAGUCAAUUGGUGAGCCCCACUCGAACGUGCUGAGUGUCUCCAACUUUCGCGUGUCUGAAAAAGUUGGAGAUGUUGCCGGUGCCGGCGUCCCCAAUUCUUCAAUAAAAGAAGAAUGUGGCGAAGAAGUGUUGAACUCAUCUUCUGAAAAAUAA